UCAACAACUAGUUCAAAACAUUUAGUUUACCUAGUGGCCGUUUUCAGAACUAAAAUUUAAAGUUGGAAGAGAUGCUGAGGAAUAUUAUGUCGGCAUUUUAUCUUAUGUUUAUGAACUAAUUUAAAGUUUCGAUGAUCCAAAAAGAUGUUCUUCUAUCCGAGAAAGGUCUAACAAUGAAUGUGUUUUUAUUUUGAGGGUAAUAAACGACGGUGCUUUCCUUGUGUAACAAGACUUCCAAACACGUAAAAUCACCAUGAAUGAUGACAAUAUCUCCAACUCAUCCUUGGAUGACCCCUUCUCCGGGGCUGCAGCAGCAAGGCAAGCAAAUAGUUACUUUGAAAAGUUUGAAAGGUUUGACUGUCAAGAAAUCUUGACACAAACAGCGACAAACUGGAUUUUAUCGACAGAUGAAUUCAAGCUCCAGACAGAACCACCUUCUGGAUUAAUAACUACAAUGCCGGCAUUGUCUAACCAGGACUGUCUUUUGUUAUUCCCUGAGAAUAAGGAUGUUCCUCCGAUUGAUAUUCGUGAAUUCCAUCAAGUUAUUCGGGAAUUGACUAUGGGUAUAUAUGUACUGAAUCAGCUGCCAUGUAUUUCUCUUGAAGCAAAUUUUGAUCAAAGCACGUCAUGUCAGCUCCCGCCUGCAUAUUACGACACACGGGUUGGUCAGAUUCUCAUUAAUGUAGACUAUAUGAUGAAAUGUCUCUGGCAUGGGGCCUAUUUUCCCAAAGAGAAGCGGACAAAAUUUUCAGAAAGAUGGAGAACCAACUUAGAUGUGAAUUCCAAUGGAAGACCAGAAACUAAGAAGUCCUUACUAACUGAAUUCACAAGUUCAGGAAUGUUGGACAUAACCUCAGAUCCAGUAUUCUCAACUAUAUAUGACAAAUUACCCAAAGAGCAACCAGGCGACACAGAAAUGGCAGAAGAAAGGCGAUUUUUCAUGUCUAACGUGGAAAGUUUAUCAAUGCAAUUAACAGCAUUUCAAAAGUCAGUGCAACAGUAUAAUAAUUUAUUCGUUGUCGACUCUGAUUGGAUUGUUACCAGUUUAGUAAAACUAACUGAAGACAAACUAGACCAUCAGACCUAUGAACGAUUAAAUGCAAAACUCCAAGUGCAUGAGAUGAUUAUAAGGGAACAUCUAACAAAUAAGCAAGAGGUUGCUAGGCAAUUAGAGAUGCUGAAGUUGAUCAGUUUUCUUGUUCCAUUACUCGUUUCAAUGAAAAGGAAGAUGAAAAUCCCAGAUUUAACAAAAAUAAUGCAGCCCAUGACAGGUGAUGAAACUAAGACAGAACGUGAGCUCCCUCCAUUGAUACUGGGGCCAGACUUUAAAUGCACCAACUUCCACAUCAGUAGCCAUCACUAUUUCCAUCUACAUGGAGGUAUUCUGAUAGACUAUGAUACCGACAACCCUAUCCCACCAACCCAGGAAGUACAAGAUCGGCAUGAAGAGUUAUACAGAGUAGCCAAGGGAGGGCUAGGGGAGGUCAUGGACCCAGACUGCCCCAUCAAGGAAACAUAUCCUGCCCCAAUUGUUACAUGCAAUGGCAAGAAUUUCUAUGCACUGGUGGUUGACUUUGAGACAUUCUACUCAAGCGCUCCCCAGAAACCCAAGUGGGUGGAGGCUUGGUUCGCUGAAAUGCAGCGUCUAAAACCCAAGCGGUUACCAAUCACUGACAUACACACUUAUGAGACUUUCAAGAAGUAUUUUGGCUACAAGAAGGCUACCAAGUACAAGAAUAUUCCAACUGGACUAAAAGGUGCAGCCAUCCGUGGAUUUGCCUCAGUGUUUCACAGUCUUUCUCGGAAGUGUCCUCCAGCCCGUCUUAGCAAACAGGAUGAGAUUGGCCUCUCUUUGAUCCACCACGCUGCCAUGUAUAACCGCGUCAACAUCCUGGCAUUGCUUAUUAUGCAGUCUAUGGAUAUCAAUGUUAGGCGAAACAACAAUGUCAAUUCUACAGGGCCUACCCCCCUACACUUAGCUUCAAGAUGUGGGGCUCUGGAUGCUGUAAGCUGCCUCAUAGGUAAUUUUGCCAAUGUUCUGGUAACAGACACAGAUGGCUGGGCACCAAUACAUUACGCUGCAUACUAUGAUCAGGAACUUGUCAUCAAAAUGCUUAUUAGAAAACAUGAAACCCUACUUGAACUACAGACCAAAAAUGAUCUCAAAUCUACCCCGAUAUUACUGGCAGCAAGCUCUGGAGCUUUAGCCUCAUUGCGAUGUCUUAUUAACCUCGGAGCUAAUGUCACCCGUCAAGAUGAUGCUGGGAGUAGCGUCAUUCAACUUGCGGCAUUGAGGUUUCAUACAAACAUACUAGAGUUCUUUAUCAAGUGGAACAGAGAGGAGGUGAAAGUCUGGGACUCACUUGUAGGAAUGCUAAGGGAUACCAGUUAUCGUAAGAAAGACAGUGCAGUGAAAUGUUUAGAGGUUAUGUCGACAUCAGAUCCCGAUCAUUGGUCAUCCAUUCUCAAAGCAGAUGGUAUUCCAGCUCUUGUAGACCUCUUGCGUCUUGACAGUGAGGAAAUCCAGUCAGUUGCAGCAUCAGUACUAUGUAAUAUUUCCGAACACGACCCUGUCAGGCGAGCUCUUGGAAAAGCUAAUGCUGCUUCAAUUCUCAUACAACUUCUUGGAUCUCCAGUUGAUGAUAUCCAGUCACGAGCUGCAAUUGUCCUGUCUGACCUAGCAUGUGUGGAUGAUAACCAAUCAGCUAUUGCAGAUCAAGGGGGUAUCCCACCAUUGGUGAAUCUGCUAGAUUCAGAACUUGAAGACGUUCUUGUGAAUACAGUUAAUGCGAUACGUGUCAUGUGUACGAAUAAUCAUGCCAAUCAAAUUGCUGUAGCUGACAAUAGUGGAAUUGAGCCUCUUGUGGAGUUUCUAACGGUGAAUUCAGAUAUACUGCAGGCAGCAUCUGCAGCGGCUAUUGCAGCAGUGGCUGAGGGCAAUCGAGAAAACCAGGAUGUCAUAAUAGAUGAAGGUGCAGCAAAGCCUCUUGUUGACCUAAUAAAAGGGAGAAAUGUUACAGUGCAGGUGAAGGCUGCUAGUGCACUACUGAGUCUAGCUGAGAACAAUCCAAGGAGUCAGAGAGCUUUUCUUGACCUGGAUGGCCCAAAGGCUCUCAAUAAACUUUUAAAGAUUUGGUCUAUGGAAGUGAAGGAGCAGGGUGCGUGUGCUCUGUGGGCCUUGGCAGGAGAUACCCACCCUCAACAGAAAGAUAUAGCAGAGAGGAUAGGCAUCACAACUCUUAUUGAGAUACUAAUGCUCAAGUCAGAAAAGCUGCAGUAUGUAGGUUGCCAAGCCAUUGUUGCAUUAGGGAAAGAGAACUUGGAGAACCAGACUAAGAUUUGUGACUCUGGGGGUAUACAACCUCUAGUGAGACUGCUCAGGGCUCAGAAAACAUCAGAAACUGUACUGAUGACGGUGGUGCGGACCCUUGGCAUCAUGUGUGUAGGAUUGGCCCAUGGUAGUAACAAGCACACCCAGAACAAGAUAGCGGAGGAAAAGGCAAUAAGUACAUUUGUUCACCUACUUAACGAACCUCCUUCCCAGGAGAUUCAGGUAGAGGUCGCUUGCACUCUUGCCUCUGUUGUGCUCAAUAAUGCUUCAAACCAAUCACGGUUAAGAGAAGAAACUGGGUUUACAUACAAAAAGAUGCUUCACUUGUUAACCUCAAAGAAUGAGGAGAUACGGUUGAAGGCAGGAAUGGCUUUAGCUGUAUUUGCAUUCAACAAUACCUCCCAGCAGUAUGCUAUCAGAGAGGCAGGAGGGGUGGAGUAUAGGUGCUUUCAACACUUCCUAGAGUCUGAAAAUGAGUACUACCAAUGCCAGGCUGCUUUUCAGAUUGUUGUCCUUGCCCGUGUGAUUAUUGACAUGGACCAGGUUAACCUUUCUGCUAAAGGAGUCACUGUCAUCGUGAACAACUUAUCAUCUGAGAAAGAGAAGGUGGUCCUUCUUGCAGCAUCCUUGAUCUCAAGUCUGGCCCAUACACGUGCAGGCAUUCCAGAUGCCAUGAUAACAUGCGGUGCCAUAGAUGCCCUGGUGGAAAAACUCAAGUCUGAAAACAGCCAAGUUCGGGCUGGUUGUGCCAUAGCUUUAGGGUACCUCUCCUACAAUAAAACAGCUGCUAGAAUGUUGAUGGUGUACUGUAGAAAUACCCCUGGCAUGUAUGAAAGACUCAUGGACAAUGUAACUAAAGACGCUAAAAUUGCCCCAGAGUUCAUUGAUGAUUUCAAACGACAGCAAAUCAUUGGAUUGCCAUGUUUAAGUCUGGAAAAACAUGGAGGUCCUCCUGCAGUUCCCCCAAAGAAAGAUGUUGGUAAGAGGCCGUAUACCUCAGUCAGUCUACAUAGUCGUAAAAGUCCACAUCCCAACUAUAAAGCCACUAGUUUAGCUGAUCGCGCUAAAUCUGCCCCUGCCUUGGCACAUCGGGGGAAAUCUGCUGCUUCCACCAAUUCUGGGCCCAAAAUGUUAGAAGUCACAGACUUGAUGGGCUUUGGCAAGAAGGAGAAAGGACUUGAGGUUAAGGCAUUAGACAAUGGGAAAAUGCAAGUGAAAAGGAGGAAUCAAGUUCAAAUGGAGAAAGCGACAGCCUUUAAAUCACAGUUGUCUGCUUGGAGCAAGAAAUGAUGCUCUUUAGUGGAUGGAUUAGUUCUCCAAUUCAUUCAAUAUAUUCCUCCCAAUAUAGGAGAAGGGGCAACAAUAAAGAGAGAUGUUUGUACAGGGUAUGCCAAGAUUACAGACUAACUGGUCAAAAUUUAAGACUGGUGUACAGGGUGUGUUAUUUAGGAUAUCUUGUUUUCCCAUAAGUGGUCCAGAUCUACACUUACAACCAUGGCUCCAAGCCUGUUGGUUGGUGCUUAGACUGCACUGUCUGUUGGUACAUAUAGAUGACACUGAUAUUAAAAUUUGACUUACCUUGGCCCCAUGAAAAAAAUCACCAUGACAAGGAAAUGAAAAGCAAAUGGGCAUAAUGAAAAGAAUAUGUACAGGUUGCGAUUUGUAGGAUUCACCCUGUUGUUAAUAAAUGUGAGUGUAUACUUUUGUCUGGCUGUGACGAAUGUUCAAUUGCAUAUCCUGCCAUACCCA